CGAUCUACAAAUCAUAUAAGAGAUAUCAAAGAUCCAGAGCAUUCUGAGCUUACACUGGAGGACCUCCGUGUGAUUACAAAAGAAUCAGUUGAAGUUGAUGAUGCCAAGAGUUACGUUAGAGUUACGCUCACGCCAACUCUUCCACAUUGUCACGUCCCCCACCUUAUUGGCCUUUGUAUCUACGCAAAACUUCUUAAAAGCCUUCCUACUCGAUUCAAGGUCGAUGUUAGAGUGGCACCAGGGAGUCAUGCAACGGAGGCUGCAGUUAAUAAACAAUUAGGCGAUAAGGAGCGUAUAGCUGCAGCAAUUGAGAGUCCCUACUUUGUGGAUCUUUUCAACUAAUGCUUACAAAUAUGUGAUUUUGGAUCCAUCUAGUUUUGGCACAUCCGUUUAGGAUUUAAUCUUAUUUCAGUAUAUCUUUAUAUGAAUAUACCAUACUUCAGAACUA